GUAGCCAAGUUCCCUAAAAGAAAAUCGAAAGUGUAUGCCAGUCUGUCCAUGUUGCAAUCAGAUUUACGCAGACCCAGACGAGAACAGCCUGAAACGAUUGUGCGGAAUCCAAAGAUGAGUUUAGUUAUCACUCUGUUGUUUUUGGCGAUCCCUUGUGCCUGUAACGGCAAAUCUGAGAAAUUUGUAGAAUUGGACUGUAAACAGGAAGUCUCUGGGGUUAAUGGCCAGCAGUCAUUGCUGGAAUGUAUAGUGAAAUGUAGGGAAGAUGACUUGACCAUCAUAGGAGUGAACUGGAAGAAGAUGGGAACGGAUUUGUUGAACUUCCAUAAUGGCACAAUGGAUGUGUCCCCUGGAUUCCAGUUUGCUGUACCUGGUUGGAACAAGUCAUCUAAUGUGUCCCUGUUGUUGACCAACACCAAGAUGGAAGACAUGGGGGAGUAUGAAUGCAAGGUGCUAACUGACAGGGGGCAAAAUGAAAACACAGUCAGCCUCAGUGUCAUCGAAAACGUGUCACCUGAGGAAUCGAAAGAAAACGUGUCACCUGAGGAAUCGAGAGAAAUCGAGACUCAUCAGACCAGGCAACAUUCUUCCAGUCUUCAACUGUCCAAUUUUGAAAACGUGUCACCUGAGGAAUCGAGAGAUAUACCAAAAGCUCCUCCGGACCCCUCAAGUCGGCUUCCUGUGGGUGUGAUCGUUGUAAUACUAGCCCUGAUCCUUUUUUUUACUCUGUAUUUUAGUAGGAGCCGCUUCCGACAACGACCCUGUGUCUACGCCAGAAGUCCCACGUCAGCAACUUGAAAGGGAAGAUGUCUGAUGUGGUAGCUACACCUUAUACAUCUGCACGAUAUAUUAACGUUUCUAUAUUGGGUUGCCAUGCUACUAGUGAACACUUUUUUUUUUUAAAACAUUGUUAUACUGUAAUAUACGUUGUUAUAACUGGUACUAACCGACCAUGUAAACACUACUAGACCAUGUAUGAAUGCAUACCCUGUACUGUAGGCGAAUGUUCAUGUAUCGAACAUAUCAUUCAGUAUGAUAAGAGCUUUACUAAAAACAUGUACAGUUAGCAUCUAAAUGAUAAAUGAUUAACUUCCCCAUUGAAAAACCAAAGCUUUAUAGCAGAGUAUUGUUUUGGCCUGUAAUGUUUUUGAGUAAAAAAAAAAAAAAGGGGGGGGU